UGAACAAGUCAUAGUAAAAUUAACAACUUCUGUGAAAACAUUUAUGAAAUUAUCUGGGAUAAAGACGAAGGAGUUAUAUUUGCGGUCGGACAGACCGACGGACAGACAGCCUAGGUAAAAUUUCUCACCUUUAGUACCAUCCUUGGAUUAUAAGCUUUCAUUUGACACCUCAAUUGUAAUUCUAGCUGGUAUAAGGACGGAGGAAUUAUAUUCGCGGUAGGACAGACCGACGGACACACAGCCUAGCUGUUGACGGAGGAGUUGUGAUCACAGACAGACAGACCGACAGACAGACAGACGGACAGACGGACGUGGAUAAUUCAAAGUUUUCACAUUUUUUCAAAAUUGGGUGAAAACAAAAUGAGAUUUUUAAAGUAAUAUGGGCUUAUGUAUACUUACCUAUAGGUACGUCAAAAUAAAUGAAAUUUUCUGUGAAUAGAGUUCAUAUACGUCUUUUGACAAUUUCUAGUCGAUAUGAAGUGCUACAUUGUGUACGCUUCGGCAGUAUUAUUCAGCUAUAUCAGCGCUGAGACCGUACAAUCAUGUGAUAGUUUAAUUUAUUGUCAAGGGGAGCUGUUGGACACAGUGCAAUCCGCAAGGAUCUUCAGUGACUCAAAGACGUUCGUGGAUUUGAGCCAACGACAAUCCCCGGAUGAAACUUUAGGAAAUUUCAAAAAGUUUAUGGCAAAAUAUAACGAUAAUCCGACUAAAGAUGAAGUUAUUAAGUUUGUGGAAGAUAAUUUUAAGGAUAACAAAGAAUUAGUAGAAUGGACACCUCCAGAUUUUAACGAUAACCCCAGUUUCCUCGAUGGAAUAAAAGAUCCCAUAGUUUUAGAAUUUGCAAAAAUACUUGUAAACAUAUGGCCAAAUCUAGCUAGAAAAGUAGAUGAGUCCGUGAGCAAACACCAAGAUCAGCAUUCCUUAAUUUAUCUUCCACACGGAUUUAUUAUUCCUGGAGGAAGGUUUAAAGAAAUUUAUUAUUGGGACACGUACUGGAUUAUUAAAGGUUUAUUGCUUAGUGAAAUGACAGAAACUGUUAAAGGUAUCUUGGAAAACUUUCUCUCCCUAGUUGACAGAUAUGGGUUUAUACCGAAUGGCAGCCGGGUAUAUUACUUAAACCGAUCUCAACCACCCUUAUUGUCUCUGAUGGUGGGUCUUUACAUAGAUGCUACUAACAACAAAGAAUGGUUAGCAACAAAUGUGAAUAUUCUCGAAAAGGAAUUGACGUGGUUUUUAACAAAUCGUAUGGUAUCUGUUCAUGGGCACAAGAUGGCGAGGUAUGCGGGUCCUAGCGGCACACCGAGACCUGAAUCUUACUAUGAAGAUACUAUCACUUGCCAGUCCUUUAAAGACAAAGAUAAGGAACAGUGUUAUAAGAACCUAAAAGGUGGAGCCGAAAGUGGUUGGGACUUUUCCUCACGUUGGAUCUUAAAAGAAGACGGAACUUCCGGAUCGGACUUGCCAGAUAUUGACACUUUCAGAGUAAUACCUGUUGAUUUGAACGCCUUUCUAUGUAAAGCCUUUAAAGAACUAUCUAGAUUUUAUUCAAUACUAGGCAAUGUUGACAAAACUCAAGAAUGGAACGGCAGAGCUGACAAGCUAGAGAGGGCUAUACAAAAAUUUCUUUAUUCCGAGGAAGACGGUGUUUGGUAUGAUUUCGAUAUAAAAUCUGGACAAUCUAGGAAAAGCUUUUAUCCUAGUAACUUAACUCCUUUAUGGACAGGAGUCUUCGAUAAAAAUCCUAAAACUGGAGAAAAGGUCGUACAGUACUUAAAGAAUAAUAACAUUGACGAUUUCAAAGGUGGUAUUCCGUCAUCACUGCUUGACAGCGGUGAGCAAUGGGACUUGCCGAAUGCUUGGCCUCCUUUACAAGAGAUCGUCAUCUUAGGGCUUAAGAACACUAACAAUUCCAUAGCUUUAGAUAUGGCAGAGCAGUUGGCGAAGAAUUAUGUAGAAUCGUGUAUACUGGGAUAUGAUAAAACUCAAUCGAUGUACGAGAAAUAUGACUCCACUACACCGGGGGCAAGCGGCGGCGGCGGGGAAUAUAAUCCGCAAACUGGAUUCGGAUGGACCAAUGGAGUAGCGCUUUCACUUAUUGAUACCUUUUAUAAAAAAUAGUAUUUUUGUAACGAUAAAUGAUACACAACG